AUGCUGGAGAAUGGGUCGCUGCGGAGCUGCUGCGGGCCGGGGGGCUUCGCUGCCCCCCCGAGAGGGGAGCCCCCCGGGGCUGCGGCGGCCGGCAGCGCGGCGGGCGGUGCAAGCGACCCGCGGCCGGGCUGGGUGGUGCCGGCGCUGUCCAGCGUGCUGAUCUUCACCACCGUGGUGGACGUCUUGGGCAACCUGCUGGUGGUCGUCUCGGUGCUCAAGAACCGCAAGCUCAGGAACCCCGGCAAUGCGUUUGUGGUUAGCCUGGCGUUGGCGGAUUUAGCUGUGGCUUUGUACCCUUAUCCUCUAGUGCUGGUUGCCAUUUUCCACAAUGGCUGGUCCCUGGGGGAGACGCACUGUAAACUCAGCGGCUUUGUGACGGGACUCAGCGUCAUCGGCUCCAUCUUCAACAUCACCGCCAUCGCAAUCAACAGAUACUGCUACAUCUGCCACAGCUUUGCCUACGACAAAGUGUACAGCGGUUGGAACACCAUGCUGUACGUCUGCCUCAUCUGGGUAUUGACGGUGGUUGCGACGGUGCCGAAUUUUUUCGUUGGCUCCCUGGAGUACGAUCCCCGCAUCUACUCAUGCACGUUUACCCAGACGGCCAGCUCGUACUACACCAUCGCCGUUGUCGUCAUCCACUUCAUUGUACCCAUCACCAUCGUGAGCUUCUGCUACCUUCGGAUCUGGAUCCUUGUUCUCCAGGUGAGAAGGAGAGUCAAGACGGAAGUCCAGCCGAGGCUGAAGCCAAGCGACUUGAGGAACUUUCUCACCAUGUUUGUCGUUUUUGUGAUCUUUGCCUUCUGCUGGGCGCCGCUGAACUUCAUUGGGUUAGCUGUGGCCAGUAAUCCUUCGGAAAUAGCCCCCAGAGUUCCAGAGUGGCUGUUCGUCGUGAGCUAUUUCAUGGCCUACUUCAACAGUUGCCUUAACGCAAUAAUAUAUGGACUUCUGAACCAAAAUUUUCGAAAGGAAUACAAACGAAUCCUCAUGACGCUGUUUAUGCCGAGGCGGUUUCUCCAGGAUACAUCCAGAAGGGGAACUGAGGUCCAGAAGAGCAAACCUUCUCCCAUUUUAAAUAACAAUGACCAAAUAACAAUGACCAUGUAG